CUGGUGGGAGGCUCGGUCACCUGCCACGGGAAGAGUAGAGGAGGGGCCGAAGAUCGGGACCACGGAGGGGACAGACUGGCGUCUCUGCCCACCACUGGACAUUUUGACCUCCAGACACUUAUUCAGUAGAGGAUGCCACAGGCUGCCCAUGUUCAGGAGCUCUUCCAUGAGGAAGCCCAUCAGGAUUCCCUGGCCCAGCCCCAGCCCUGGUGGAAGAUCCAACUGUUCGUUUGGGAGCCAGUGCUUUUUGGGACAUGGGAUGGUGUGUUCACAUCCUGUAUGAUCAACAUCUUUGGUGUUGUCCUUUUCCUCAGGACAGGCUGGCUGGUGGGGAACGCCGGGGUGCUCGUCGGCAUGGUCUUGGUCUCCUUCGUCAUCCUUGUUGCUCUGGUGACCGUCCUGUCUGGCAUCGGUGUUGCAGAGCGGUGCAGCAUUGGGAAUGGGGGUGUCUACUCCAUGAUCUCUUUUGUCCUUGGUGGGAAGCUUGGAGGCACUUUUGGCCUGCUGUACGUGUUUGGUCAGUGUGUUGCAGGGGCCAUGUACGUUACCGGCUUUGCAGAAUCAAUCUCUGAUUUGCUGGGCCUCCGAAACAUCUGGGCGGUGAGGAGCAUCUCGCUUGCGGUCCUUCUGGGUUUGCUGGGCAUUAACCUGGCCGGAGUGAAGUGGAUAGUCCGCCUGCAGCUACUGCUGCUUUUCUUGCUGGCCGUCUCCACGCUGGACUUUGUAGGCGGAUCUUUCACACACCUGGACCAAGACCAUGGCUUUGUGGGGUACAGCCCGGAACUGCUACAAAACAACACACUGCCCGACUACAGCCCUGGGGAGUCCUUCUUCACCGUGUUUGGGGUUUUCUUUCCUGCAGCCACAGGAGUCAUGGCUGGUUUCAACAUGGGGGGUGACCUUAGAGAGCCCAAAUCCAACAUCCCGAUUGGCUCACUGGCAGCAGUUGGCAUCUCGUGGUUUUUCUAUAUCAUCUUUGUCUUUCUACUGGGUGCCAUCUGUACCAGGGAGUCCCUUCGAUAUGAUUUCAUGAUAGCAGAAAAGGUGUCUUUAGUGGGCUUCCUAUUCCUCUUGGGACUGUACAUCUCAUCACUGGCCUCCUGUAUGGGGGGUCUGUAUGCAGCCCCCCGUAUUCUGCAGUGCAUUGCUCAAGAGAAAGUGGUUCCAGCAUUGGCAUUUCUGGGGCAUGGGAGAGGGCGCAAUAGAACACCUGUGGCUGCCAUUUGCUUAACCAGCCUGGUGACCAUGGCAUUCAUCUUCAUGGGUCAGGUGAAUGUCUUGGCUCCGAUUGUCACCGUCAACUUCAUGCUAACUUAUAUUGCCAUAGACUACUCUUACUUCUCCUUGUCUAUGAGUCCCUGCAACCCCAACCAGAAGCUCGAGCUGGGAAGGAGGAAAAGCUCUAGGGAUCCCUGCUGCUCGGAGCACCUGAUGCUGGACAAAGGGCCCGGCUACGGCUCCGAAGGCCCCUUCCAAGCCAGCCCUGAGGGUACCCUGUUGGAGUUCACCAAAGACCUGGAUCAGCUUUUCCACCUCACCAGGUUCAGCCAGAAUGGUCCUGGGAAAGGAGAGAGAGAGGGGAUCAAGGAGAAGAAGAAGGUGAAACACCCGAAAGUGACAAAGCAUACUCUGCAGGAGAGCUUCCUCUUGGACCUCAACUCCCCUGCUUCUCCAUCCUUCCCCACGUACUCCCGGGUGGUGACUGCCUCCUCCGCCGAGGCAGAAGAGCAUCGCUUCACCCAGCAGAGCUCCUCGUCCCAGCCUAAGGGAGACCAUGAAGACCAGUUGCUGGGUGAAAGUCAACAGCUUCUUGGACCUGACAGACAAGAUUCUUUCCCAAAGUUCAAUUCCCAGGAACAGGAUGUCAAGAGGAGACCGGUUUCCUUCUACACUCAGUUGUGCAACCCGUGGGUCUCCCUGUUUGGGGCCAUCGGGUCCCUCACCAUCAUGUUUGUGAUUCAAUGGAUCUAUGCCUUGGUGGACAUAGGGGUUGCUGUGAUCCUCUAUUUCUACAUAGGCCAAGUCAGCCCCGGCCUUUACCCUGGAGCUGCUACCAAUUUUAGCCUUUUCAGAUGGAUGAAGUCCCUUCUGAUACCUUCAUUCAGGAGACUGCAGUCCUCUCGGGAGGAGAUUAUUUUGACACCAUCCUUGGCCAGGGUUGACAUGGAGAUGACUCAGCUCACCAAGGAGAAUGCAGACUUUGCCUCUCGGGACCGAUACCACCAUUUCUCACUUGUGAGCAGGGAAGAGCUGAUAAAUCAGUUCUAGGAGCUGCCAAGGAUGGAAACCUUUAUUUCCAGGAAGCUACCCACCAUGGUGGGACUAGCCUCAUUCAAUGUGAAAAUGCAUCCCAGCUUCCCCAUUGAUAACAACAUGGACAACUGGAGGAACAAUAGAAGAAAUCUGGAUUCUGGAGAGCUGCCAGCCAAGAGGAACCAAUAGUCAUGACCUCAGCUCUAAGAAGAUGGUAUAUGCAGAGAC